AUGGGAAAUAAACAAUCUUCAUCUAAAAACUCUUUGAAGAAGGGUAAAUCAUUCAAGGAGAAGGUACAAUCAUCAAAAGAGAAUUUGAAACAAUUAUUUCAAGCCGAAACUCUAGAUUCGAAUAUAAUGGUUACCUCAUAUCCAAUGAAUACAAAUGGUGAUUUCCAUAUCGUCAAUAGUGGACCCAUUGUUGUAGAUUUACAACACAACAAGGAUUCAACAGCAGCAAUCAAUAGAAAUUUAAAUGUUAUACAAAAGAAUACUAUUAAUGAUAUUCUAUUACAAAAUAUUAAACAAAAUGGUAAUGCAACAAAUUCUAGGCCAAAUGGCACUACGCCAGUUACUCCGCAUAAUGAACAAUUGAAGAGAGAUUUAAUUGCUAACAUGUUUAUAACACCUCAAUUAAAUAUUGACCUAGAUCAAUUAAGUCAAAAUGCACCUGUCAAACCUAAGAGUCAACCACAAGAUGACAUUGAUGAAAUUUUCUUUGAUCCAAGAUCACCUACUGUUAAGAGAAAUCCAAUUACAAGAGAAUCUCUUCAACCAUUUGCAGAUUUAAACAAAUUUAUGGAAUUGACUCCAUUAAAUUUGCAACUUGACAAACAUUCGAAUAAGAAAGAGUCCAUUGUUGUGCUUUCGAAUACAAGACACAAUAUAAUAGAUAUACUAGAUUGUACAGAUAUUCAAUUGGAUGAUGAUGUUAUGGUAAAUAAUUCACUCUUUGAUGAAGAUGAUGAUUUAAUUAAGAAGGUAUUUGUUUUACCAUCUCCAAUUCAACCAUACGAUCCAAAUAAUCUGCAUUCGAAUAUGAAAGAAUAUGAAUUGGAAGAUUUACCUCCUUCCCCACCAAGAUUAUCAAAUCUUCUACCUCCACAAAUCAUGACAAGACAAGAAGCACUCAAUAUUUUGGCAGAUGAUGGAAUUCAAUUAGUUUUGGAUGAUGACGUGUUUGGAUUGGAUGCAAUUGAUAUUCUCAAUUUGGAUUUGGACAAUUCAAAGCCAAUGACCAAAUUGACUCAAUCCACAACUCCAAAAUUAAUGAUUAAUAGACAAAGAGAUUUACCAAGUACUUCCAACACCCUAAGAACACCAAAGAGAAAGAAUUCACUCAAUCCAACCACAAUGAAAGGUUACGUUUCACCAUCUCCAUUACAAAAUGCCCUAGCUCAACACAAUGAUAAUUCUAACAUUUCAUGCUCAACCACAACAAGCUCCACUCCAUUCAUGACACCACAAACUCCAACCAAUGAUGAAGAUUUCAAUCCUGUUCAAUUACCACCUGCAUUAUCCUCGACAUCAACAUUGAAAUCUUCAAAUACAAAUAAUAUUAAGGUUUCAAAUAAGGAAAAUGUAAAUCAAGAACCAGUCAAUAAGCAAUCGAAUCAAGCAAUGAAAAAACCUGCAUUAUCAAAGGGAAAUCUUCAUAAGAAUGUUGGAAUUGUAAAGAAAUCAGAUCAUAAUGAUUUGCGCGCCAAAUCGAUACAAAGAUUGGAUGGUGCACUUGUAAAUAUUUCAAACCGUGCUGUUAGAUAG